UCCAAUGUCCCGCUGCGUAGAACGCGUCCACAAGAGCAGUCGGACCGAAGUGUUGGACGAGAUAGGCGUAAUACGGCCAUGAUGUGCUUAAAGUGGCGUCGUGAGGUAGUCCGACCGCCUGAUACGAAGGGUAUGUAGGCCUUAGCUGAUGCAGCGGUCGGUAGACAGGUGGAUACGGGGACGUGGACUGCGGGGAUGCAGAUAGGCAGGGUUAGCAUCGGGAAUCAUUGUUGCGUUUGCUCCGACGUUCUCUUCAUGUCCUCGUGGUCUUUCCUGAACUGGUUGAGGUCAUCCUCAGUCUGGGCGGCUUCUUGGGGGAAGUGGUCGCACUCAGUGUCCCGGGCGGCAAGCUUGUUCUUGAAUUCCUCAAUGAUAUGGGCGGUGGCCUUUAGCAGAAUUUCAAGUUCUGAGGAGCUCCGGCCUGCAUUUCUAGUGGCCGGGAGCGUGCUCCCUCUCUUCGCGCUCGAUGGUCUGUGUGACUUGCUCGAAGCAAACCACCCAGCUCGACGUAGCAGGGCUCGCGCUCGGAGAUGGUCUAGUGGAACUUAUCCGGUGGGAUCUAUCAGCCAUCAGAUUAGUGAGAACAAAAGCUCGCCCUCGGUUUGAGCUGUGGUGACGGCUGUUACUCGUACGCCAGGACAUUUUUUGCGGCUACCGUAAGGGCGCAUGUAUGAGCUUUACGUCGAGGCGGUAUGACUACCAUCGCGGGAAUAGGUAUCACCACAGCGCAGGAGGCGCCGGAUGCGGGUCUUCUCAAUCAAGCCGUGACUGUUCCUUAUAUAUCAUUGUUGCUCCA